CGGGUUCCAGGGUAGCUGCAACGCCAUUGAGCAUUAGGCGCAGGGGGAACCCCACCUCUUAUUCCGUCCCUGUGCCUGAGGCCUUGCGAGAAGUUAUACGGAGAGGCAGGUUGGCGAUCGGGCCAGACAAGCAGACUGGCACUAGCAUUGCCUGCGGAGUGAUCACGAGGAAUUAAAUGGUGAACGAACGAACGAGGAAACGCUGCACCACUGCUUUCGCUCUGUACGGGAAAAAGAGACGCGUGAAAUUAAGUAAAUAAAUACGUGCAAGUGAGAGUUUGAAAAAUUGUUUAUAGUAUAACAAGUUCGAUAAAAGCGAAAGGCGAAAAAUCAUUGAGAAACAAAGCGAAUCAACGGGGAUAAAACGACAGUAAAACGGACGAGAUAAAGAUAAACAUAAACAUCGACGGCACGUUUCCCGCAGUGCAUAAGAGAAGAGAGAGAAAAAUAUCGAGUGAUAAUACUGAUAAGCGGUGUGAAAAUUGGCGGGAGAAAUUCAAAUUCCGGCGCAGGGCGCAACUCUGCCGAGGGAGUCGACCUUGUUUCUUCAUACGAGAUCGAAGAUGCUCCGUUUUGGUAAAUUGUCAAUCGUCGCGUUGUACUCGUCGUUGUUGUUGUUGUUCUUCACCGAAAUCGGCGACUCGGAGGGACGUCUGAGCGGACUUUACGUCGACAAUGGUCUCGACCAGACGGUUAUACAUCGUGUAGUUACGCAGCGCGAAAGACAGGAAGUUGAACACGAAAUAUUGAACCUCCUGGGGCUACCCGAUCGGCCCAGAGGACUCGGCGGACAUCCGCCACAGGUGAAACGAUCGGCGCCCAAGUUUCUCCUCGACAUAUACAGGAACACCCUCGGCGAGGGGGAGGAUCAGGACUUGUCGUCUACCGUAAAACCCGAAGGAGACCGCGGGCACUUUGAUCUCAGCGGACAAGACCUCAGAGCAAUUGACCAGAGCGAUGUUAUAAUGAGCUUUGCUGCGCACAAUCACCACGUGGCCGGGGUUCGUCACGAGCGUGGAAAGAGGCUGUGGUUCGACGUGUCGGAAGUACCGCCGGGAGAAUCCAUAAUAGGCGCUGAAUUGAGGCUCUACCAAAGUCCGGAUUUGAAAAAUAAAAAAAAACAAGGUUCCUACGUUGUGACGGCGUACAGAGUGCUGCGCACCGAAGACGGGGAACGGGAAUUGCAGUACGUAGAUGCGAUGAAUACAUCAACCGGUCGUGAAGGCUGGUUGACUCUAAACGUUAGCGAGCCUCUCCAGCACUGGGUUAACGAUCCUGAGGCGAAUCGAGGGCUGUACCUGUCUGUACAUCCAGCCGAUCGAUCCGUGCACGAAAUGAGACCUGAGGAUGUUGGGAUCGUUGGCUCGAGGGGUGAUGUUGACAAGCAGCCCUUCAUGGUUGCGUUUUUCAAAAGCUCGGGCAUCCGCGAGGCGAGAGUAAGACGGAAACGAGAUGCUCGACGGCGAAAGAAGAGCGACACAUCGAGUGUUGACUACAGAAGUAACCCUUACACUGAUCCUUCGAUUCAAUCGAACGCGAGAACGUGCAAGAUACAGACGCUUUACGUGAACUUCAGAGAUCUGCAGUGGCAGGAUUGGAUCAUUGCGCCGAAUGGCUACGAUGCCUACUACUGCAGCGGUGAAUGUAACUUUCCUUUAAACGCCCACAUGAAUGCAACCAACCAUGCAAUAGUGCAGACCCUGGUGCAUCUGGUAACCCCGGGAAAAGUUCCAAAGCCGUGUUGCGCGCCGACAAAACUUUCGCCGAUAUCGGUUCUCUACUUUUUGGAUGACAACAACGUCAUGCUAAAGAAGUAUAAAAAUAUGGUCGUUAAAAGCUGCGGUUGCCACUAACUUUCACAUUAUACCCCGUCAAAUCGCACGAUCAAAUGAUAAAAAACAUACUUUUGAUAGUGUCUUCUUUUACAGACUUGGUUUUUUUUUUGUCGUCUCCUCUCAUUUAUAUUCAUGCAAUUAAGAAGCUAAAUAUUGACGCGUAUGUUGGCAAUUUUUCUUUUUUUUUUUUUGACUUGUAAUUUAUCGACGUGUUUUCCUCAAAUUGCCGUAAAAGCAGCCAAGGAUAUCAUCGUAUAUAUAUGCAUUUGAAGUUGCCAAUAGGCGGAUUUCGCAGAAUACUACACUAUUCGUUCGCGUAGGUAAAUAAAUAUACAAUUUUAAAUGUAAUAGAUGUAACUUUGUUCAAAUUUAGGAAUUGAUUGAGAGAAUUUCUGUUUUUAUACCUAUAGUUGAGUUUAUCGAUAUACCUUCCAAACUUGCUAUACACGCGAUGAGAAUAUUUAUACAUAUUACAUUUUGCCAUAUUAUACGUAAUAUAUAAGUAUAGGAGGGUAUAUCUAUAUAUAAUUAGGGUAUUUUAAUGAAAAAAAUCGGUAUCGGUUUUUCGUCAUGUGAUCCACUCUUCCUUUUAGUCUGACAUUAUGCUUUUAAUGCGUAACAUGGGCUUAAGCCGAGAUUGUUAGAAGUAUGUCAUCUGAAACAUCGACUUCCGGUCGGAAUUAAUUGAAAAUAAAAAUAGGAAAGCAAUGAAUGAAAAUAUUGUAUUUCAAGCCAGAGUAGAUUUGACUUAACAAUACAUAACUUGCUUGAAAUUUUAUUCGUACUCGUGUCAAAAGGAAAAAUUAGUAUUUCCGAUUUUUACUUGAAAAGACCCUAAUACGUUAUACUGUGUAAUCAUUUAUAGAAUUAUAGUCCAAGACUGAAGUCACUAAUUAAUGGGGAAUAUCGGGCAUAAAUCACGCGCAUGUUAAUUCGAUAAUGUUAUUAACUGGAUCGUUUUUUAUCGAAAGAAUGUUAUACGUCGUAGUAGAUUUUCAGGUAAUAUAUCAUACUACAUUGUAAGCAUCGCGAUUACGUAUAAUAUACAGCUAUAUAUUGUAUACGUGCCAGUGAGUGAUAAUCAAUGGUAGUUUACAUAGGUCGAGCUUUUAUUGUUAAAACCAUUCAUAAACGCGCCAUAAUCGUAAUUGGUAAUAAAAUUUCUAUCUAUAAUCAUAUAAUAAUGACCUUUAAAUGACGAUGUAAAUAUAAUGAGGAAUAUACAUUCAUACAUAUAUUAUACCUGUAGUUAUACAUAUAAAUGUGCAGUUGUAAAUAAUAAUGAACAAAUAAACCACGUGACGAGGCGUGAAUUAUUUUU